GCUGUCUGUCAGCGGGAACCUGGUCCCGAUCAAAUAUAGAGGAGCUCCAACCAACUGUCCCCCAUUGGGGCGGCGGCGGCAACGGAUGCGUCCAGUGUGGGAGGUGUGUGCGGGAGUGGGGAGCAGCCGGACUGAGAUGGACACCGGGCUGGAUGCGAGUGUGUGCAGUCCACCCGUACGUGCGGGAGCCAGCGCUGUCCCACGCGGACACGUCAUCGCCAGUGAGAAGUGGAGGGGCUCCCAGCUGACCGUCGGCUGCCAGGGCAGGGUCACCGUGCUGUAUGAGGAUGACUUGGGGCUGGUGGAUUUCCACCUCUCCCAGCGGCUCUGUGUCCUUUACGUCUCCGAAUCAGACCUGGUAGCCGGCAAUAAUUACAGGAGGAAGCUGGUCCGAUUUCGCAAAGCGAGCACGUUAAACGGCAUCGUGAUGGUGGAGAAGACGCCGCUGAGUGAGCAGUACUUUGCCGGCGUGCAGCGCUUCGUGGUGCUGGAUCUGGGCCUCACCCUCCUCCCCGUCGCCAGUCCCACCGAGCCGGCCUCGCAGCUCCUCGCCCAGCUGGUGCAGGAGGGGAACAGGGAGCGGCAGAACCCGUUUGUGCGUCGGUGCCGCAGUGGGCUGAGUGAGGCUGCUGUCCUGGCCUCUGUGCAGCGGAUCCCAGGAGUGGGCAGGGUGAAAGCCCUGAGCCUGCUGCGCCACUACCCCAGCAUCCAGCAGCUCAGCACUGCCUCUCCGCCUGACCUGGAGGAGCUGGGCGGCCCUGCCCUGGCUCGGCACCUCACACACUUCUUCUCACCCCCUUCCUGAGCCCAGUCCCGGACACAGUACCCACCCGGGACACCAGCGCUGGUUCACUCAGGCCGGCGCUCAUCACUGCUGGGUGUGUGUGUGUGUGUGUGUGUGUGGGGAAUGUGUCUAUGUGGGGAUGUGCAUGUGUGUGUGGGGGGUAUGUGCCUAUGUGUCUAUGUGGGGAUGUGCUUGCGAGAGAGUGUGUGUGGUGUUGAGAUUUGUGGACACUCGCCACUGCCCUGUGAGGCGGACAGAAUAGUGCCUUGGGACAGGGUAGAUGCAUAGGGCGCUAUGUGUGUGUGUCUAUCUGUUUUGGGACUGAACCCCUUGGUUUAUCCCCCCCCCCCCCCCCGCGCUCAACCAUGGGGAGCGGUAUUUAACAUCGAAAUCCACA